CCGCGGCCGCCCAGAACGCCUUCCACCAUGGCCACCUCAGUAAGUUCCAACUUGAACAAAGGCAUCAAGCAGAUGUACAUGGCCCUGCCUCAGGGCGAGAAAGUCCAAGCCAUGUAUGUCUGGAUCGAUGGUACCGGAGAAGGGCUGCGCUGCAAGACCCGCACCCUGAACUGUGAGCCUAAGUGUGUAGAAGAGUUGCCGGAAUGGAAUUUUGAUGGCUCUAGCACUUUCCGGUCUGAAGGCUCCAACAGUGACAUGUACCUCCUCCCAGUUGCCAUGUUCCGUGACCCUUUCCGCAAGGAUCCCAACAAGCUGGUGUUCUGUGAAGUUUUCAAGUAUAAUUGGAAGCCUGCCGAAACCAAUUUAAGGCACACCUGUAAGCGGAUCAUGGACAUGGUCAGCAACCAGCACCCCUGGUUUGGAAUGGAGCAGGAAUACACUCUCAUGGGGACGGAUGGGCACCCCUUUGGUUGGCCUUCCAAUGGCUUCCCUGGGCUCCAAGGCCCGUAUUACUGUGGCAUGGGAGCUGACAAAGCCUAUGGCAGAGACAUCAUGGAGGCUCACUACCGGGCCUGCUUGUAUGCUGGAGUCAAGAUCACAGGAACAAAUGCUGAGGUCAUGCCUGCCCAGUGGGAAUUCCAAAUUGGACCCUGUGAAGGAAUCCGCAUGGGAGAUCACCUGUGGGUGGCCCGCUUUAUCUUACAUCAUGUAUGUGAAGACUUUGGCGUGAUUGCAACCUUUGACCCUAAGCCCAUUCCUGGGAACUGGAACGGCACAGGCUGCCAUACCAAUUUCAGCACAAAGGCCAUGCGGGAGGAGAAUGGCCUGAAGUACAUUGAGGAGGCCAUUGAGAAACUCAGCAAGCGGCACCAGUACCACAUCCGUGCCUACGAUCCCAAGGGAGGCCUGGACAAUGCCCGGCGCCUGACUGGCUUCCACGAGACCUCCAACAUCAAUGACUUUUCCUCCGGUGUCGCCAACCGCAGCGCCAGCAUCCUCAUUUCCCGGUCUGUUGGCCAGGAGAAGAGGGGUUAUUUCCAAGACCGGCGCCCUUCUGCCAACUGCGACCCCUUUGCAGUGACAGAGGCCAUCAUCCGUACGUGUCUUCUCAACGAGACUGGCAACGAGCCCUUCCAGUACAAAAACUAAGGGGACGAUGCUUCCAGCGACUGAGCCCUUCCCAGCUCUUCAUCCCACUGCAACUCUCCCUCUCCCUGGUGUCUUAAUUAUCCUCAUUACUCAAAAGUGGGAUUUCAAGGUCUUUUUAUUCCUCAUGCCCAGUGAACCUUGCUUGGUCAGGAUAGAGGGGUCAAGUUCUUAAUCUCCAUGUACCCAGCCCCCGUUUUCUUCCUUUCUAAUGUGUGGGUGGGCGCAGGGAAAGGUGGUGACUGCUUCUCUCUGGAGGUGAGCUUGUCUGGUAGAUGUCACCUCCGCACAAAGCAGCGUGUGAAGG